AUGCAAUCCAUUAAGACACUGAACAACACCUGUGUAAGAGAGUUUAUAUUUCUGGGGCUGGCCACCAAUCCAGAACUGAGGCUCCUCCUGUUUGCUGUCUUCUUGGCUGUCUAUGGUGCAACCAUGCUAGGCAACCUCUUAAUUGUGGGCCUAGUGGCUUUUGUGCCUAUCCUCCAUACCCCUAUGUACUUCCUCCUGGGGAACCUCUCCUUCCUGGAUUUCUGCUACUCCUCCGUAACUGCUCCCAAAAUGUUGGUUGGCUUUCUAUCAAGGGCUAACACUAUAACUUAUGCGGGCUGCAUUUCCCAGAUCUUCUUCUUCCACUUCAUUGGUGGCAUCAAGAUCUUCCUUCUUGUCAUCAUGGCCUAUGACCGCUACGUUGCCAUCUUCCACCCCUUGCGCUACAUGGCCAUCAUGAAUGGGACCGUGUGCAGUGGGCUGGUGUGGGCGUCCUGGGCUGGUGGCUUUGUUCACUCCAUCAUCCAAGUGAUUAUCAUCACCCAGCUGCCUUUUUGUGGCCCCAACAAGCUGGAUAAUUUCUAUUGUGAUGUGCCACAAGUGGUAAAACUGGCUUGCACUAAUACCUUUGUGGUGGAGCUACUCAUGGUUUCCAACAGUGGCCUGGUGACCUUGAUGUGUUUUGUCCUGUUGCUUGUGUCAUACUCCAUCCUUCUGGCCAAGCUCAGAGCAGGGUCUGCACCAGGACAGAGCAAGGCUGUCUCCACAUGUGCAUCCCACAUCACUGUGGUGACCCUGAUUUUUGGGCCUUGUGUCUACAUUUAUGUACGUCCUUUUCACAGUUUCCCUGCAGACAAAGCUGUCUCUGUUCUGUACACUGUUAUCACCCCCAUUCUGAACCCUUUCAUUUAUACUCUGAGGAACAAAGAUUUCAAAACUGCCUUAGGAAAGCUCAAGAGAAGGAAGCAGAAGUUAACUCUCUGA